AUGGCGGAGGAUCGGAGACGCCAUGAACAACCUACUAACUCCGGUAGAAGGAGCUUGAAGAGGAAGCUGGAGGACGAAUUAAUCGUAGAUCAUAAGUUUUCUUUUACAGACGCCGUUUCUCAACAAGAUCUAUUAUAUGAAAUUCAUGCUCAGGUUGAAGUACUCGAUUCUACUUUCUCAUCGAGUGAAGCAGAUCGUGCCCUAGUCAAAUGCUCACUUCACGCCCUCUCCGAGUUCGCAAAGAACGCUGGUGCUGUUCCAGCCCUAGUACGGCAUCUUCAAGCGCCACAGUCACCAAAAGAGGUUGUUACUGGCACAAUACCGUAUGAACAUGAGGUGGAAAAAGGAAGUGCUUUUACUCUCGGACUUAUUGCAAUUAAGCCUGAGCAUCAACAAUGCAUAGUGGAUGCUGGAGCCUUACCUCGUCUGGUUGGUCUUCUUAAGAGACACCUGGAUGGCCAAAGUUCUCGAGCGCUGAAUGGUGCCAUAAGGAAAGCAGCUGAUGCAAUCACCAACCUUGCUCAUGAAAAUUGCAGCAUCAAGACCCUUGUUAGGGUUGAAGGUGGCAUUCCUCCACUUGUUGAAUUGUUAGAAUCCAGUGAUGCUAAAGUGCAAAGAGUUGCAGCGGGGGCCUUGCGUACACUAGCUUUCAAAAAUGAUGAAAACAAAAACCAGAUAGUGGAAUGUAAUGCUCUGCCCACCCUUGUUCUAAUGCUUCAUUCAGAAGAUGCUGCUAUACACUAUGAAGCUGUUAGUUUAUGUACCAUUUCUUAA